UGCGACCCCUACCGGCAGCUGGUAGUUACACCAACAGACAGCAAACUGGUGACGUGGUUCGGUCCGUUGACCAGAGCAGCAGCAGUAGCAGUAUGGCCGACCAGAGCAGGCAAAUAAAACUCGCUGCAGCUAAGAAAAAGCUGAAGGAGUUUCAGCAGAAGAGCUCUCCUACUAGUGUGGGAGUGGAAAAGGGAGGAGGAGGAGGAGGUGGUGGUGGAGGUGGAGCAGGGGCCAAAAAGAAGAGGAAGGUGAAGGGACUGAACCAACAUGAUGCAUCUUCAACAGGCAGAAACUCUCCAGACAAUUUUGACAAUAUUCUGAAAGCACUUAGUCAAAGCAAUGGAGUAGUUCUACCUCCUAAUGGCAACAGUCAGACCUUUGCUGACGUGGAGUCCGUCGGGUCACCAGUCCCCCAGCUGCUGGAGGACCCGAAGGCAGAGCCUGACCGCGGCUCGCCUGUGCCUAACCCCGCUAGCGCUAACACUCCUACUAAUCCCGAGUCUGUCGGUCACAACACUGACCUGCAGGACUAUACCGACACCAAUGGCAAUGGGAGUUUAACUGAAGAAAAAAGACCACUGUCUUCCACAGAGAGCCUGCGACAGCUCUCACAGCAGCUGAACGGCCUGGUCUCUGGGUCAUCUGCUGCGUAUGUGAAUGGAGACAGUCCCCCUGCCAUGGGUGAGAGAGAGCUGGAGGGUCGGAACCAGGAGCUGUCAGCCGCCCUGGAGUCCAGCAACAUAACAAACUCUCAGCUAAAUACCAAGUUAGACCAGCUGGCACAGCAAUCUCAGGUGCUCUCUGAACAGCUGCAAAAGGAGCGGAAAGAAUUUGAUCAGAAAUCUUCGAAAGAGCAGGGAGCCAUGCGGGAGCAAUUACAGGUUCACAUCCAGACUAUUGGAAUACUGGUAUCUGAGAAAUCAGAGCUACAAACAGCACUACAAUACACACAACAUGCUGCGCGGCAGAAAGCAGCUGAGGCAGAGGACUUGAAUAACCGUCUGCAGGGAACAAAGCAGAGAGUAUCCGAGCUGGAGAGAACUCUCUCUUCUGUCUCAACACAGCAAAAACAGUUUGAAAAGCAAAACAAAGAGUUUGAAAAGGAGCGAGACAGCCUGAGACUAGAGGUGUUUAGACUAAACAAUUUGAGUGAGGAGUCGAAGCAGCAGGGCUCAGAGCUGUCAGAGCAGAUAAAGCUGAGAACACAGGAGAAUGGAGCAAUGAGGAUGGAGUUGGAAGAUCUUCGCAAGAGACUCGAGAUAGCUGACCUCAUGUUGCAACAGUGCUCCAGCCAGUCAGAUCCCUCUAAUGCCGCCCAGCAGGUCCAGUUACUGCUGGGAGAGAAGCAGCAGCUGGAGGCACACAAUCACCAGCUGAUGGAGUCGAUAUCCCAGCUGCAGACGGAGAGAGACUGCUAUGCAGAGCAGAUCCAGGAGGAGGGCCGUGUAUGGAAGGACAAAACAGAACAGCUGCUAACACAGGUUUCUUUGGUAGCAGAGGAGAGGGACAGAAACAUCAACCGAGUCCAAGAACUGGAAGCCAGCAUCACAGAGCUGCAACAUGCUGCAGCGUUGUUGUCCCAGGAGAGAGAGGCUCAGGAUAAUGCGGAGCCUCAGUCCUCGGGGCCCUCAGAGAGCGAGGUGGCUCUGCAGGAGGCCCUCAACACUUUGCAUCAGGAGAAAGACGCUCUCACUGCACAGUACCAGGCACAGCUGCGAGAUAACGAGCAGCUGAGCCGCAUGUGUACAGAGCAGGAGACGCGUCUGGGAGAGCUGGAGCGGCAGUUAGAGAGCCAGGUCCAGGAGGACGGGGACCGCCGACGCAUGUUAGAGGAUGUUCAGUCAGAUAAGGCCACCAUUAGCCGAGCUCUCACUCAGAACCGAACGCUGAAGGACCAGCUGGCUGAGCUACAGAACGGAUUUGUCAAACUGACCAAUGAGAACAUGGAGCUGACCGAUGCCAUCCAGACAGAGCAACAUGUGAAAAAGGAGCUUGCUCGCAGAAUGGGUGAACUGCAAGAGGAACUGCACAACUUCAAGGAGCAGCUGGAACAGAAGAGUCAGGACACUCAGGGUCUGAUGGAGCAGAGGGACCAGGUGGCCGCCCAGCUGCAGCAGUACUGUGCCGGCUACCAGACCCUGGUCUCAGAGAGGGAACAGAUCCACCACCAGUACCUGAAGCAGAUCCAGCUCAUGGACCGGCUGCAGCACGAUGAGAGCCAGGGCCGCAUGCACCUGGAGAUCAGUCAGAAUCAGCUCAAGCAAGCGCAGGAUUAUUUGGAUCUUUUGGUCAAAGACAACGAGCAGCUGAAGGUGGAGGUGAAGGAUCUGCUCAACAGUUCAGCACUUGGCUCGGCCAGAGACCAAGGAGAUGGAGUGGAGAGCCAGUCCAUGCAAGAGAGCCCAGAGCAGUCCUCCUCCAUAGUCAUCCCAGAAGACUUUGAGAGCAAGAAAGACAUGGAGGAGUUUAUCCGUGGAGCUUUGUCUCGGGUUGAGGCGGAGAGGGACGAGGCCAGAAGGCAACUGGAGGAGGAGCACAGGCACCACAUGGCGGCCAGGCACCAGGCCUCUAUGGCCCUCAGCCUGGAGCAGCAGCACCACAGCCACACAGAUGUUCACGACCAUGACCAUCACCAUGAUCAUGAGCAUGACCACGAGCAUCACCAUGAUCAUGACCACGACCAUGAUCAUCACCAGGACCAUGAUCAUGACCAUCCCCAUGAUCAUGACCACGACCAUCACCAUGAACACGACCAUCACCAUGAGCACGAUCCCUCUCAGGACCCACACAGUCACUGUGAACACGGCCAUGAGCAUUCAGAAGGAGGAGUGCCGGUGGAAGUUCAUCAGGCUCUGCAAGCUGCCAUGGAGAAGCUUCAGCAGCGCUUCACCUCCCUCAUCAGAGAGAAGGCCGACCUGAAGGACAGGGUGGAGGAGCUGGAGCACCGCUGCAUCCAGCUGUCUGGAGAGACUGACACUAUCGGAGAGUACAUAGCCCUGUACCAGAGUCAGCGGGCCAUCAUGAAGCAGAAGCACCAGGAGAAGGAGCACUACAUCAGCAUGCUGGCCCAGGACAAGGAGGAGAUGAAGGCGAAGCUGGCGGAGCUGCAGGACCUGGUGAUGAGGCUGGUGUCUGAGAGGAACGACUGGUACAGCCGCUACACCGCAGCUGUGGCAGGAGCGGGCUCAGUGAACCCCGACCUGCUUCCUGUUGGGGAGGAUCACACACACCAAGAGCACCAAGCACAUUCACACACACAUCUUAAUGCUGACAGCGGAGCAGAAGCCAUGGAGGUCAUCCCUCUGUCGGAGCCCACCCCCGGCCUGGAAGCCCCCUCGUCACAGGCCCAGUCGAGUGGGACGUCCCAGACUGACUCCAAGUCCCUGGGGCCCAAAGAGGACGGCACAGCCCAGCAGAUCAUGCAGCUGCUCCAAGAGAUCCAGAACCCCCAGGGAGCGCUCAGGUCACCCCCCUUCCUCGGGGAGAACCCCUGCAUCCCCUUCUUCUACCGGCCUGACGAGCAGGACGAAGUCAAGAUCCUGGUGGUGUGAGGUGUGUGUGUGUGAGACAGAGGUCGAUGUGUGUGUAUGAGAUAUUGGACAUGUCUUGAAGUCUGGGGAUUAUUGAACACCACAGUUUGUAGCUUGUUGAUCAUAUACUCACAAACACUCCUGAAGAAAUAUGGCACCCUGCAACACUGGUCCCAGAAUGUGUUUGACCCGGUUACAUUAAAAACACCCCCUCCCAGUUCUGUGUGGUGGCACUAAUGUGCAUGGUUAAAAAGAGAGUAUUAUCUAUUUGUUGUUUACUACGUUGUCUUUUUUGUCUAUGAUGCUCUUCCCAGAGAGAUAACCAGUAUCUGAUUAUUCUCCAAACCACCAUUUUUAUUCACCAUCCCUCGUCUCCUAUUUUACACAUAAGUGCAAUAAAGGGGCCGUGUAUUGGGUCUCCUUUCUGAUACAGUACCUAAAGAGCUGUUCAAAAUAAGGAGCCUGUUUGUGUGCAACUUCACUCUAGUGCAAAUAUCAGUUUUACAAAAAUUCAUUGUACAAAUGCCAAAAAAGAGCAUCACGUUUGAAUGUAAUAACCCGGAUAUUUACCCGUAUGUUUGUGUGAUGAGAGGAGAGCUGAUGAUGGUGGUGAAAGGGUGCACGAGGAGAAGAGAGAUGCAGAGUGAGAUGUAAGUUAAAAGUCAAGUUAAGAGUGCACAUAAUAGCUUUUGAAUUGUUAGCGCUGUUAUGUAGUCAAGUCAAAAGCUUGCUAGUUACAUGAUGAGGUUCAGAACAGAUGGAUGCAGGUGUCGCAGAUCGGUACUGUUCCUUUUCUCUACCUUUUAGCUCCUCCUCCAAACACUGAAAACCAUCGUCUGUCUGUACAGUGUGUAAUGUUAAUACAUGUGAAAUGUUUGUGUUGUGAUGUCAAACAUCCUGUUAAACUGAGAGAAGGAGGGGAUAGAUGCAAUUUAAAGACCCCAUGAUAAAAGAAAACACAUUUAAGUCAAAGUUGUUAAAGAAUCUUUUGUAAUUAUUUAUAAUUCAGAACAAUUAUAAAGCUGUGGUUGCUGUGCUUUGGGCUGCUUUCCGCAUUGUCGUUUUUUCCCAGUUGUACUUUAUCUUUGUCAUUAGCAUGAUAGAGAUACGGUGCAAUAACUCGAGGGAUACAGGAAGUAUGGUAAAUUCUCUUUAUCUGCACUCAUAAUUCAUCUUUCUUCUUCAAAUUUCCUUAAUCUCAGACAUUUUGUUGGCCUCAUCAAAAAACGUCCACUCACUAUUUAUUUAUUUUGUUCCCUUAUCAAAGCUGCUCAUCCCGAACCAUAACUUCAUGGGGUCUUUAAGUUUCUAAACACAUUGACACUAUUGAUAAGAACCAGUUUCUUCCAGUUACAUUUGCUUGUAGUUCCACAUAUCAAAUAUGAAUGAAUGCAAAUCCUUUACAACUGGACUGUGAGAGUGCGUGAUGCGUGUGUGUGAGAUCCAAACUGUUUCCUCUCCAGACGAAGCUGCAUCUGUUGUACUUUUUUGUAGAGUUCUAUCAGUUUAUAAGAUUGCACUAAAACUGUACAAAGCUUCUCAUUCGGCUCUGUCCUUUGUGGCUGGUUGGACAGUGGUAGAGCUUCAAAGCCUGUUUAAUACAUUCUGUGGAGGAAACGUUGAAUCCUAUGAAGCCACACCAAAGCUGAGGGUUCCAGCUGAUGCAAAUGAUUGAAAGUGUGUGUGUGUGUGUGCAGUGUUGCACUUGGAGGAUGUAUUGUAAAUAUGAACAGAAGGAGCAUGUGACGUUAUUCCCAAAGCUGUGGGAAUAAAUCAGAAUUUGUGAAAAUGAACAUCUCUUUCCGAAACUAGUCAAACGUGUUGUGCAACAUGUGCAUUUUCUUUUGGGCAUUGGAAAGGAUUUUUUCUGAACUUAAGAUGUUGCAAGUGCCUAGCUUUACAUGAGAGAUGCUCUUGUUCAUAAAUGUAGAUUGGCGGAUGGAUUGAUUUGAUGGACACUUCUUCACUGUAAAGCUCUUUCCCUUUGCUACUAAUAACUAAGAGUUAUCACGGCUUAAAAUAUCCAUUUAAGGACCAAAUCAUGGCAAAGGCCUUUUUUUAGAGUCUUUCCAUGGUUUGAAUAUGCAAGGACAUGAGGGUCUUACUGCAAAUCUUACUAAAAUCCCACUCACUACUUUUGGAGGUAUUUUAACCUUCUCAUUUGGAUGUUUUUGAAUUUUAAGAUCCUCUGAUGUGUUUUACUUUCAGGUAGAAGACACAUUUGUUCGAUUAUUGAAUUGCACACUUGAUAUUUAUCACUGAAUGCAACAGGACAGAAAGUGUUAGUGCAAAUUGUGGUAUUUUUUGCCUAUUAUAGAACGAAAAAGUCAUAUGUGGAGGCCAUAUGUACCUGGUGUUUUUUACAGGCAAAGUAAACAUUGUUGCGUCUUCCCUAAACCACAGCACUUUGAUAGUACCAGGUGGUUUUGGGAUAAAUGUACUUAAUCAUUCUUGAUUUAAAAAUUCCUCGCUUCUUAGCAUUCUGUCACUUUUUGGUUUCCUUUGAAACAUGCCACAAUAUAUAUUUUUCCUUUAUUUAGUUUUUGGUCUAACCAAAAGGUAAAUAUACAAUAAAAAUAACUUUAGUGUUUUUGCGGGGCUUAUGAAAUCAACUGGGAUAAAAUUACUUUCCAUAAUUUCGAAUUCCCUGUUAAAUAUGUAAUGCGUGAUUGAAACGAAAAGCAAUGGGAAAGCAUUUAUUGUCUUUACUGGAAAAGAGGUGGUGUAAAUACUGUAACUGUGUAACAUAUUGUAUAUUCAUUAUGCCUGGUGUGUGGGGGAAGUGCUGCUCUGCCAUGUUCACUGGCAGUGCGGACUGUGUGUCUGAAGUUUGUUCAGAGUCGAGGUGUGGGCGGUUACUGACUGGCUGUGAUUUAAUACAAAGAUUGACUUAAGAAAAUAUUCUAUUUAUUUGGAAUAAGUUAGUAUCUCAACUAAUCAGUUUUAAUGUAAAAUAGAAGUGGAUGGAAAUGAAGGAUCAUUCAGAGAACUGAUUUGUUCGAGGGCUGCUUCUGACAGAAGCUUUCUGAUUUUUUGUUUUGUUUCCCUUGAGUAAUAUUUUCUCUCCUUCUCCUGAAUAAAACUGAUUGAGCAACUUGAAAACA